AUGCCUGGGGGGUGCUCCCGGGGCCCCGCCGCCGGAGACGGGCGGCUGCGGCUGGCGCGGCUGGCGCUGGUCCUCCUGGGCUGGGUCUCUUCGUCCUCUCUCACUUCCUCGGCGCCCUCCACCUCCUCCACGUCGUUCCUGGCCUCCGCGGUGUCCGCCCAGCCCCCGCUGCCGGGCCAAUGCCCCCAGCUUUGCGAGUGCUCCGAGGCGGCGCGCACUGUCAAGUGCGUUAACCGCAACCUGACCGAGGUGCCCGCGGACCUGCCCCCCUACGUGCGCAACCUCUUCCUCACCGGCAAUCAGCUGGCCGUGCUCCCCGCCGGCGCCUUCGCCCGCCGGCCGCCGCUGGCGGAGCUGGCCGCGCUCAACCUCAGCGGCAGCCGCCUGCAGGAGGUGCGCGCCGGCGCCUUCGAGCAUCUGCCCAGCCUGCGGCAGCUCGACCUCAGCCACAACCCGCUGGCCCACCUCAGCCCCUUCACCUUCUCGGGCAGCAACGCCAGCUUCUCGGCCCCCAGCCCCCUGGUGGAACUGAUGCUGAACCACGUCGUGCCCCCUGAGGACCACCGGCAGAACCGGAGCUUCGAGGGUAUGGUGGCGGCGUCCCUACGCGCCGGCCAUGCGCUUCGCGGGCUCCAGCGCCUCGAACUGGCCAGCAACCACUUCCUCUUCUUGCCUCGGGACGUACUGGCCCACCUACCCGGCCUCAGGCACCUGGACCUGCGCAACAACUCGCUGGUGAGCCUAACUUACGUGUCCUUCCGCAACCUGACACACCUACAAAGCCUCCACCUGGAGGACAACGCCCUCAAGGUCCUUCACAACGGCACCCUGGCGGAGUUGCAGAGCCUGCCCCACGUCAGGGUCUUCCUGGACAACAAUCCCUGGGUCUGCGACUGUCACAUGGUGGACAUGGUGGCCUGGCUCAAGGAGACAGAGGUAGUGCAGGGCAAAGCCAGGCUCGCCUGUGCAUUCCCGGAAAAAAUGAGGAAUCGGGCCCUUUUGGAACUCAACAGCUCCCACCUGGAGUGUGACCCUAUCCUCCCUCCAUCCCUGCAGACUUCUUAUGUCUUUCUAGGUAUUGUUUUAGCCCUGAUAGGUGCCAUUUUCUUACUGGUUUUGUACUUGAACCGCAAGGGGAUAAAAAAGUGGAUGCAUAACAUCAGAGAUGCCUGCAGGGAUCACAUGGAAGGGUAUCACUACAGAUACGAAAUCAACGCGGACCCCAGGUUAACAAACCUCAGUUCUAAUUCGGAUGUCUGA